AUGACGGAACUAGAAGAUUACCCAAGUGACAUGAUUGAGAGAAGGAUGAAUGAAAUGAAGGGAGGAGCUGCCACAAAAUCAGAUUUACUUGGUCUGCUACUGGAAUCGAAUUUCGAGGCAACAAAACAAGGGAACGAGAGCGCUGGGCUGUCGAUGCAAGAUAUCAUCAACGAGUGCAAGCUGUUUUACUUUGCUGGGCAUGAGAGUGUUGGUCUUCUGCUUGUGUGGACAACGGUGAUGCUGAGUCGGCAUCCUAAGUGGCAGGAGAGAGCAAGAGAAGAGGUUUUCCAAGUUUUGGGGAAAGAUAGGGCAGCCUCUUAUGAUGACCUUAGCCGCCUUAAAAUUGGAAGCUAUUCCCCACCAGCGCCAGAUAUCACCAAAAUCACAGUUGAAGAUACGAAACUAGGGGACUUAACCAUCCCGGCCAGCGUUAGCAUAACUACCAUUCAUCGCGAAAAGGCCAUCUACGGCCCCGAUGCAAUGGAGUUCAACCCGGAGAGGUUUUUCGAAAGUUAUCACAAUAGCCAACAGACAAAAAGCCUGAAUUAUGGAGGAGGUUUGAUGGGAGCUGGACCAAAAUGGGAAAAGCCCAGGCGGGGAACUUGGGAAGCAAAAGGCCUUGUCGAGCUAGGAGCCCACGGAAAGUAG